AUGAGAUAAUCAGAAUAGCAAAUAACAACUCUUUUGAUUGAAGGUUCAAAUAAAUAGGGAUAAUUGGGCAUAACAUAAUAGCAAACUGAAUUGAAAGAACAUAAUUAUGGUGUUAGAAUAUUAAAUAUUGCAUGUGGUGGAUAUUUUACACUUAUGCUUUUGGAAACAUAGCAGUGUUGUCUUUUGGGUUAAUGAUAAAUGUUAAUUAGGUUUUAACAUCACUAAAAUGAUAGAUAUACCAAAGGUAGAGUAUAUAGCAUGUGGUUAAUGGCAUAUGAUAAUAAGAACAAAUAAUGGAAUAUAUGUAUGGGGGAAUAAUGAUGAUGGUCAAUUAGGUUUAGGAGAUUAUGAGCCAAGAAAUGAACCAGAAUUACUUGAUAUUCAAUUUGGUAAUAUAGUUUGUGGAUCUUAUCAUACAUUAAUUUAUUAAUCUGAUUUCCUUUAUACUUUUGGUAGAGGUAAUAAAGGAUAACUAUUAAUAAAUAAAGAUAAAAGUUGUGUACCAAUAAAGAUUGAAUAUUAAAAUAUAAAAUUCAUAGCAGCAGGAGAUUUUUAAACAUUUAUUUAUUCAAAUUAAUUAAAUUUGAAUGGUAAGGUACUUCAUUAUAAUGGUAUAAUAAAACAAUUAGCAUGUAAUAAUGAUUAUUCUGCAAUUGUAACAAUUGAUGGUAUAGCUAUUUUUUGGGAUAAAUCAAAUACAAUUAAAUAUCAUUUUAGUAAUAUAGAUUAAUUGAGUAUGUUUGGUUCUCGUUGUUAUUUGUUAAAGAAAGAUGGAUCUGUAGAAUUAUUGGAUGGUACAAUAAUAACAAAAUAAAUAAUAAAAUCAAUUCAUACAGGAGAAUAACAUUCUCUAUUUAUUUUGUAAUAAAAUUCAUUUGAUUCUAUUGUGAAUGAAACAUUACUCCUUAGUGGACAUCGAGAUUUGUAAUCAUAAUAAUAGGAAAAUCGAAAUUAUUUAUUUUAUGAAAAGAAAAUUGCAGAAUUAUAAUUAUCUUUGGCUAAGAAAGAUAAAUAAAUUUUACAAUUAUAAAAUGAAAUAAAUGCUUUAAAAAAUAAUUUCAAUAUUUAAUGA